AUGGCGGAAGGCGCGGGCGGAAGCGCUGGUGGGUCUAGGCUGAUGUACGGAGUAGUAGGGGGGGAGAUGGUGUCGGCGGAAGAGGGUGCGGGCGGGGGGAGCGCGCAGUGGGGCGCAGGGGGAGGAGACGAUGCGGAGGGGGGCGAAGGGGGAGAGCAUGAGAGCAGGGCGGCUAAGAAGCUGCAGAAGGCGGAUAGAGAGAAGAUGCGGCGGGAUCGACUCAACGACCAAUUCAUGGAACUCGCGAAUCCUGACCGUCCGAAGAACGAUAAGGCAACGAUUCUGACCGACGGGCUGACGAUGCUUCGCGAGCUGCGUGCGAACGUGAACCGACUGCGCGCCGAGCACAGCGCGCUCGUGGACGAGUCGAAAGAGCUGGCGACGGAGAAGUCGGAGCUGCGGCAGGAGAAGGGCGCGCUGAAGGGCGAGGUGGACGCGCUCAAGGGGCAGCUGCACCACCGCAUGUCCGCGCUCCUGCCCUGGGCCACUGCGCCCCCCGCCGCCUCUGCGCCCCCCGCCGCCGCUGCGCCCCCUUCCGCCACUGCGCCCCCCGCUACCCCCGCCGCCCCUGUUUCCACCGCUUCCCCUGCGCCGCCUCCAGCCGCCCGUGUUCCUGCUGCUGCUCCUCCGAUUCCUGCUCGAGCGGCUGCUGGUGCUGCUGGUGGGGGUGGGUUGCAGACGCCAACGCAGGCGCCAGUACACGGACACGUUCAGGCAUCAAGACACCUGUCAGGCUACGCUCCUGCCGCCCAGCCCUCCCGCCCUCCUCUUGCUGUCCUCGCGCCCGCUUCCGCUCCACCCGCCGCUCCUGCAGCUUCCCCACCCCCCGCCGUUCCCGAUGCUGCUUCCGCGCCUUCCAUGCAAUUCCAACCUCAGUUUCGGCCUCAGAUGCUGACGUCACCACUGCACGUGCAGCAAGGGAUGCAAGCGAUGAGCCAACCUGGCAUGCUGACGUCAGCCAUGAGCCAGCCUGGAAUGGCGCAGAUGUGUAUGAGAGGCGCGGACAGCGCAGUGGGCAUGGGGGAAGCGGGGGGCAUGGGGGGAAUGGGGGGAAGCAGAUCGGAGCAGGCAAUGAGCCCCCCCGUGUCCGUGCUCUCCUCCUCCGCGCCCACUCCGCGCACCUCCUCCGCAGCCGCGUCGUCAGCAGCAGCGGGGGGGGAGAGCCGCGUUGGGGAAGAGCCACGGGAGAGCAGCGAUGGCGUGGGGCAGACAGGCAGGCAGCAGCAGCAGGGAGGGCAGCAGGGAGGGCAGCAGGGAGGGCAGCAGGGAGGGCAGCAGGGAGGGCAGCAGGGAGGGCAGCAGGGGGGGCAGAAGGGCGGGCAGGAUGGGGAUGCUGCGGCGGGUGGGAGCUCCCUGGUGAACAUGAGCCGUGGAGGGGGUGAGGCUGCUGUCGUUGUGGUGAAGCAAGAGGAGGCCUGGCCGCCUGGAGCCUUUCCCAUGCCUGUUCCCAUGCCCUUCCAGGCCUCCAUGCCAGGCUCGGUGCCCCCUGCACCUGCAGGCAUGCAGGGCUGGAUUGCCGUGCCUGCUGGCGCGUUCCCGUACGCCUUCCCUCCUACUGCCCCGCCCUCACUCCCGCUUGGUAAUGAUGGCAAGAGCACCGGAAGCUCUGUGCAGCAGCAGCAGCCGCAGCAGCAGAUGAUGGUGGCAGCUUAUCUGCCAGGUCAGCUUCCAUUCCAGGUCAGCGCCAGCUCAGCAGGUCAAAGUCAAGGGGAGCAGCAGGGCAAGGGGCAAGCGGGGCAGGAAGGGCAGGGCGGGGCACAGCAAGUAGCGCAGGGACAGCAGGCAGCACAUGCGCAGCAAGCGGGGCAGGUGCAGCAGAUGAUGCAGAUGCAGCAGUACAUGGCGCAGGCGCACGCACAGGCGCAGGCGCAGGCACAGGCGCAGGCGCAGGCGCAGCAAGCAGCGCAGGCCCAUCAGAUGGGUCAGGCAGGUCAAAUGAACCAGGUGCCCCAGAUGGCUCACAUGCAGCCAUUCAUGGGCGCUCCUGGGGUGGCCAUGGCGCUCCCCCCGCCUCCCCCUGGGCAGAUGUCGGAAGGCAGUGGUGGUGGUGCUGCUGGGGGCGCUGCCGUUACUCCUGCAACUCCACCGUCAUAUAGCCAGCACUUCACCAUGCUACCGCCCCACGCUGCUGGUUCUGCUGGUGCUGCUGGUGCUACUGGUGGUCCUGGUGGUGGUGCUGCUGCUGGUGGUAUGCCGCUUCCCCACAUGGCCUACAGCAGUGGUGGGUUCUACAUGCCUGGCAGCAGUGCAGGGGGCGGAGGGGUGGCUGGAGAGAGAGGGAGUGGGGGAGGGGGAGGGGGAGGGGGAGGGGGAAGCGCAGCAGCGGGGGAGAGUGCAGGAGGAGCGGGGAGUGCAGCAGGGGCUGGCAGUAUGCCCCACUGGCUGUGGGCGGCAAGCCACAGACCAGCUUGA